UUAGGUGCCUACAGAUUAUAAAAUAGUACUGACGUUGUUAGAUAUAGUAUCUAACGUAUAAUUUAAAUGUGUAGAUCUAUGAAAUGCUCAAAUUGUGCCAUUUAAGACUUUUCGAACUGCACGUCACAAAACCUAUCCACUUAAGUUUAAUUAUGCCGAUCUGAACAUUACAAAAUCCGUAUUUUUUUCUGAUUUUUUAGUUGAUAGUAAAUUUAGUACCUACCUAGAUAUCUAUGUUAUUCUGCCUUUUCCUUCCUAUUUGUGUUAUUCUUUAAUUUAUUAAGUAUGUAUUUAUCUAAGAUUUUACCAACAACAAUUUUAUGAACAUUUAUAAGGGAUGAUAAUUAUAAGCUAUUUACUUAGGUAUAACUUCUCCGCGAAGUAUAAUAUAAUUAAUUAUUUCCAUUAUUUACAAGGCUAACUAGUACUGAAUUAACUAAGCACCUUUUAGAUCCUAGAGGCUGAACUUACUAUUUUGCUUAUAUAGGUAUGUCAACAACUGUAAACAUGUCUACUUUCCGAAUUAUUUAAAAUACCACAAAGCCGUAAGCAGAAUAAAUACAAGCUGUAAGUUUUUAACGUCAUUUAUUUACUUACUAUUGAGUACCUAAGUACCUAGUUACUGCCUAAAGACUUCAACGCGCUGAGUUUUAUUUGUAAACAAGAUCUGAUCCAAUUAUAAUCAUUUGAUUCUUUAUUUUCAUUUCAAAAUAGUAAUUAUGCCCUCUCAAACCUUAUUAAACAUUCUAAGAAUCAAUUAAAACGAGGAUUAGUGAAUGAACGAAUCUUCAUUAAAGAGGCGACCUCAUUCAUCCAAUCCAUUAAUCAAAUAAGUAUCCGCAGCAACAAAACGAACACUAACAUGCUCAUUAAACGCACAAACGAAACUCCGAUUAUACCGCAUUAAUAUCGAGUUUCACUAUUGCUAUUAAUCACAGAGAGCGAUCAAUGCCACGCGAUUAUUUUAUAGCUUGAAUAAAAACAAUAAAGUGUGGCGGGCGGAGCGUAAGCCUGAAAUAUCAGUUUGAUAUCGCGCCGUAUGAUUCGCCGUGACGCGGACGCCUUAAGGCGGGGCCUGGUAGAGAGGGGCGCCGGGCCAGCGCAGCGCCAUACCAUUCCGUGCGAGCACACGCGUCGCUCGCCUCCCGUCCGUGCCGUGUCCGCCGUCCGUCCGCCGUGUGCGUCCGCGAGUGAGUGAGCUAAGCACGUGCCCUGUCGUGGCGUAUUCCCUGUACCGUGCGUAAAAGCCGCCAAGAUUCGGGUGAAGAACCGAGAGCCGGUGCCGGCGUACGCCAUGGCCGACGCCGACCGCGAUUCGGACCUUGGCGACGAUAGUCCCGUGAUUGCUGGUCUGGCUCUUAAAGAAAGAAUUGGAAUCACACUCAAUUCCGCACGGUCUGAAGGAGAAUCGUCCGGGGAGCAAUCCUGCGAAAGCUCGGACGAGGGUGUGGGGCGGGACGCUCCCGCCCACCAGCCGCACCAACCUCACCAACCUCUGCAGUCGCACCCGUCGCUGCAGUCGCACCAGUCGAUGCAAUCGCACCAGCCCAUGCACCAGCCGACUCACAACCUGAGCCACCACGUGACGGUGCCGCAUCAGCCGCUCAACAACCAUCAGAUGACACAUCAACACCAGAGGAACUCGCCGAGGCCUUUGGAGAGGGAAUUGAAAGUACGAGACGACUUCGAAUCCCUGAAGUCAUCUCUGCACCCUCACCUAUCUUCUCUGGCAUCGUUGGCCCAGGGGGCUCCUCUGUCGACCCCCAACAGUGUGUUCGCGUUAGCCGGCGCGGGGGCUACAGGGGGCUUUCCUUACGCGCCCCCCGCGUUCCUUGCGCCCGCGCCGCCGCCGCCCGCGCAGCCAGCUGGCUCUGCGUCAUCCUCGUCAUCUGAGGGCAGUGCUGCCGGCUGGAGCUUUGAAGAACAGUAUAAGCAGGUCCGUCAGUUGUACGAGAUCAGCGAUGAUCCACAGAGGAAGGAAUUCCUGGAUGACCUGUUCUCCUUCAUGCAAAAGCGAGGUACUCCGAUCAACCGGCUGCCGAUCAUGGCGAAGUCCGUGCUGGACCUGUACGAGCUGUACAACCUGGUGAUAGCGCGCGGCGGCCUGGUCGAGGUCAUCAACAAGAAGCUGUGGCAGGAGAUCAUCAAGGGGCUCCGGCUACCGUCCUCCAUCACGUCCGCUGCUUUUACUUUGCGUACACAAUACAUGAAAUACUUGUAUGACUACGAGUGCGAGAAGAAGAACCUGUCGACCCGAAGCGAGCUGGACGCGGCUAUCGAAGGCAACAAGCGCGAGGGGCGCCGCGCCUCGGGCCAGUACGACGCACAAGCCGCAUUGGCUAUGCCUCCCCUAAACCGUGGAGUACCGGCGUCACUAGCCCAGCUCUCCCAGCACAUGCAGCCUCUCUCCCUGUCACUCGCCGGUGUGGCUCCGCGCCUGCCCCCACUGCCGCCGCACGCGCCGCAUCUGGGACAACACGACAUCGAGUAUAGAGUCCGCGAGUACAUGAAAAUGAUACAGCAGCAGCGAGAGCUUAUGAGAAAUGGUUCCGAAUCGCCUCCGAACAACGGCCCAGCCCCGAUCAUGUCUCCCCGCGACGCCGCUGCGCUCAGUGCGAUCGAUGUCUCCCGCCUCACGCUCUGGUCGCUCUACAAUAAUAACAACAACAACAGUCCACAGCCAGACCUUGAGCCGCAACGCGAGGCUCUGAAUCUGAGCGAGAGUCCGAAUUCGAGCGUGAGUGGAGGGAAGCGCGAGGCGUGUCGGUCGCCCGCGCCGCCGGCCAAGCGCCGCACGCCGCGGCCGGCGUCCCCGCGCGACGCGCGCGACUCGCGCGACUCACGCGACACGCCGCUCGCGCCGCUCUCGCCGCACUCGCCGCACUCGCCGCACGCGCGACGACACGCCCGCCGGGAUGCUUCGCCGCCGCAGAUCAACGGCAUGCCCAAUACUAACGGUGUUAAUGGAGCAGCUUUCAAGAUUACUACUAGAGGUGACGCAACCACAGGUGACCAGCAGCUAGUGGUCUCAAUAGAACUAAACGGAGUCACGUACGAGGGCGUCCUCUUCCCAUCAGGAAACGGUCAAAACGGGCACAGGCAAAUGGUGUCCUAAAUAUUAUCCUAGUUAUUAGUUAUUGCAGUCUCAAGCAUCGAGUAUUCAUUCGGUUUAAGAUUUUUCAAUAGCACAAAUGACUGGCCAGUUAAAAAAUUGAAGCUCUUUUGUUAAUUUUUGAGAUGUCAUCUCAUACAGGAUGUUGCCGAAUUGUCCAUGUUUGGGAGUAAGUUGAGUAAGGAGGAUACUUUUGCUUUAUGGGAAGCUAAAAUAUCAAACACCUAUUUUAAAUUACUAAUAUAUAAUAAUAUCAAAAUGUCGAAAGUAACAUCGUUUAAAUGUAUUCCCUAGUCUAUGUCUCCUCGCUUUCUUCUUCAGAGCAUAGGCAGAGAAUUUCGUCAUCAAACUGUAUUGUCAGGGUUGAGUUUAUGCCUUGAGUUACUUAAAAUAAACUUGUUACUAUUUUCAGUAUUAAAAUAAUACGGUCUUGCCUUAGAUAAGGUUAUUGAAACAUCUGUUUUCUAUUUAGGUAUAUCCUCAACUGUAAGUCUGGGCCUGGCUUUAUCUUUACCUAUUUCAAUAUUCGGGACUUGAGGCAGCAAUUUAUAUUGUUUUAAAGAUUGAACUCAAAUUAUUCGAGAUAAGUACAAAAUUUUCACUUUGCCUAUCAUCCAAUACAGAUAUUAUCAUCCACUUUUUACUUUUAAUGCGAUUAAGUUUUUUAUAAUUUUUCAAAUUAUUUAUAGUUCUCAAAAAUCAAUUCACUGCCUAAAAAGAACGUGGAAUUAUUUGUAAAUAAAAUCAACAUGAAAUAAUUUCAUUGCCGUUUUUAAUAGAUGUUUUGUAUGAUAAUUUUAAUACAUUUUUUUUAUGAUGUCAUCCAGCUAAUGACAAUGUGUAAAUAUAGUUUUUAAUUUUUACGUUAUUUAUAAUUUGACAGAUGUGUGAUGAGUGGACAGGUCGCGUCUGUUCUGUGUUUGCGUAGUCUCGGUUGUAUUUAGAUUGUGGUGGCCUACUUAUAAUGAGCAGGAGUGAGCUAGCAAAUUUCAAAUGCAAAGUGCCAUUAAAAAGGUAAUUAUGUAAAGUACUUGAUUCUGUACUUAUAAUUUGUUACUUUAUUACUGCAGACGUGUGUUCUGUUGGUUGAAGCAUACUAUAAAUCUUAUUUACGAUACUUUUAAAGAGUAUUGUAAUAUUAGGGUAUGUUUCAGCGAAUAUGUUAUUCCAUACAUAUGUGACUAGGCAACAUAAUCUAAAUAUAUGUCGGCUUUAUUUGUAUAUUAUUGUAAAUAAAGGUAUUGUGUGGAAGUAGCUGCGUUUUAUACACCGUUUCGUACGUUUGUGAUUCGUGAUUCAAAAAGGUGUAUAUUUUAAUUUGUCGAUGAAGAUGUCAGUAUUGUACUUAGCAUGUAGGUAUUUAUAAAUUGUGAAUUGAAAACUUUUACUUUGGACUAAAAGUUAUUUAGCUAACUAAAGAACAUAAUCAUGUUCGAUAUUCUAUAAUAAUGUCUAGAUAAAUUACGAUUUAAAUAUAAAUUGUGAUUACAUAAUAGACCCCUAUUUCUUACUCUAUAACUAAUAGCGGUUAUUACGUACAAAGUAAACGUUGUUCUCUUUUUAAUUGUAGACGUUUAUGAAAAUAUUAAUAAAAUCUCUAUGGUACGUGAUUUUUAUAGAUUCAAUCAACUUGGUUUUAUAAUUUAAAAGUAAUAAUUUUCAUUUCCAUUCAGUCAACAAGUUAAUGGCUGAAAUAGUUCUCGAAUAAACGUUUGAAAUAG